CUAGAUUAAUAUUCAUGAGCUAGGUGUGAGUGUGAGGCCCGGGCUCGCUUUGUCCAGUGCGGGUGGUGGCGGAGACUAGAGUCGGGAAGAAAGCGCAGCGAUGUCGUACAUCCCGGGACAGCCAGUCACAGCCGUGGUGCAAAGAGUUGAAAUCCAUAAACUGUGUCAAGGAGAUAGCCUGAUCCUUGGAUUCAGUAUUGGAGGCGGCAUUGACCAAGACCCUGCGCAAAAUCCUUUCUCAGAGGACAAGACUGAUAAGGGUAUAUAUGUUACAAGGGUAACGGAGGGAGGACCUGCUGAAGUGGCUGGACUUCAAAUGGGAGACAAAAUAAUGCAGGUGAAUGGAUGGGACAUGACUAUGGUCACACACGACCAGGCCAGAAAGCGUCUGACCAAGAAGAAUGAGGAAGUUGUCCGACUCUUAGUGACCAGGAAAUCCUUGCAAGAGGCUGUCAGACAUUCAAUGAGACAAUAGAGAUUUGAUUACUGUGUCCAUCCCUUCAUAAAAUGUCCGUGCCCUAGUUAAUGUACAGGCACAUGUGUAAGGCAAUACGUGAGUUGGUGACGUUUAUGGGAAUUCUAGUUCAGCACCAGCUCAUUUGUUGAUAUUUGCCAGUGGCCACGUGAUAUUUUACCUUUCAGAUGUGAGGUAAAUAAUAAAUAGUGUAAAUUGUUCCACCAUAUUAUCACCAGAGUUUGAUUUUCAUAAACUGUCAGAUUUGUUAGCAUAUCUUGAAGUCUUUUUUUUUUUAUCACUGAUCAUCAUUGUUCAUUCCUUAGGAUUAAUAUUUGAAUAAUAAGAAAUAACACAAAUUUCAGCAAUUACUGGGAAAGGCUAAAAUAGUUUUACACAAAACUGUUCAGAACGUUUUAUUUGUAUUAUAUGUAAAGCCACUGAAUUUAACAUUCUAGUUAAUCUGUCGGCUGUAUCCAUAUUCUUAUUAAGUAAUUAAAUGCAGACACAGAAUGUGUUACCCCCUCCGUCUCUGUACAUAGAAUUUAAGGAGCUGCUGCUAUCUGGACUGGUGAGCUAGCCAUCAAUGGCUCCAAGCUACCACCACUCUACGCUUAUUUAAGCAAAGCUAUAUCUUUAAUUACGUACAUUAUGUCACUGUAGGUAAUAUUUGUUAAUGUAAGUGCAAGGUGUUUUUUUUUUUUAUUUAUCAGUUAUCUGAAAGGUGGCCAUUAAGAAGCUACACACAUGAAAGAUUUGAGUAGGAUUAUUUCCCCAUGAAAAAAACCCUACAGUAUCUUCUUCAUCUUUUACUUUGCCUAUGCAACUCUCAACUAUCUCACUUUAGAGAGUUGCUCUCGUUUAGUUAACAAGAGCACCUUAGCCUGGUUAGGCCUUUGUAGAAGCUCCUUAAAGGCUACUUAACCCCAAAAUUACUCUGGUGUAGCCUAAAAGUAAAAUAUUACCCAGACAUUCCAGCACGGAUCUCUUUCAUAGGAAAGUUUUUUUACCUCUCCAAUCCUGAUAGCUGAAGCUCGACCCACAUCCGUGUCUUGAUGCAUCCAAAACUGGUAAAACAGCUGAGACUAUACCAUCAUUGCCCCACCCCUGUGUAUGAAGUAACCAAUCUACACAGUGCAUACCUGCAGUGCAAGUCUGUCAGUCACCUAUACAGCAGCUCCCUCCUAACAUGGCUGCCUACUUUAAAGGAGUGCCAGUGAGCAUGGUGGGCAUAUUUAGUUACGUAUGAACUGUCCAGUUAUUUCAUGUAUCUAUGCAGCAGAGUAAUACACAGCUUUUCAGGUGUGUCUGUGCAUUCAGUGGAAGAUUUUCUUCCCCUUUAAGUUCAGUGGCUUUAAGUACUAAUAUUUUGUAUUUUAAUUCCUAGUUUUAUUACAAUUUUAAAUGGGACUAAAUAAUUGUAGAAUACAUGAUAUAUAUAGUCUGAGUUUUCUGGUUUCCACUCUUAUUAAAGUAAACUUGUAAAGUUAAUAGCACAUAGCUGAAGUAAAGUCCUACUCUGUACUACAACUUCUCAGCAAAUUAUAAUUUAUUUAUACAACUCAUCCAGCGUUAAAAGUAACUUUUUCUUUUUCAUUAUUUAAUCUGUAUUUUUUGCAACACACGUUAAAAUACACAUUGUGAAGAUGAGACCUAUACAGAUAUGCACAAUACAACAGACCAUAAGACUAGAUUUAUGUAACCACUGGCCAUCCAUUUUGUAUUGUGUAUGUUGUAUCUGGGGACACAACCCAAGCUUUGUCAUAAGGACCAAUCAUUUUAGAAAACUGGUGAUUACUAAAUGUACUAUGGGGAGCUUUCUGUGAAGAAGUGGCCAUAGGUUCUGCAAAAUAUUAACCACUAUUCAGUUUGUCUGGCGUUACAAGGACUAUCUGGCGUUACAAGGACUAUCAGUAAUGAUGCAUGUACCAAAGACCUAUACUAAUCAUAUUGUUCCUAAUGUGGUUUUGCUAAUUACAAUUUUUUUUCCUUUCACUAACAAAAUAUUAAAGGGGGUGUUUGUAACGUUCACUAAUAUGACAGCAUUUCAGGAACUUUGUGUGGCAGACAGUAUGUGACCUAUAGCUGGGUUAAUUGUUGUAUAACACACACCAAAGGGCCGGAUGUACUAAGCCUUAAAAGUGAUACAUUUCACAGUGAUAAAGUACCAGUCAAGUCAUUUUUCAAACGUUUCAAACGCAGCCUGUAACAUGGCAGUUAGGAACUGAUUGGCUGGUACUUUAUCACCGUGAAAUGUAUCACUUCUCAAGGCUUAGUACAUCUCUUUAUGUAUUCUGAAUGGUCAAUAAUGUUAAGACUUGCUUAAUGCCACUAUAUACAAUAUUGAAAGUUUAGUUAUGAUAUGGGGACCUUUACAUACGUAUAUAUAGGUGGGUACACACUAGGCGAUGUGCUCUAUGAGUGACGUCGCCUAGUGUGUUCCGGGGUGGUCGGCGGCAGUGCUGGGGAGGUUGGCGGCAGUGUGUACACACCGAGCGAUAUGCAAAUGAUAUUGCUGAGUGACGUCACACCUUGGCCGGGCCGUGCAUGCAGUUAUUGGACGACAGUACAAAUUGAGCUGCAUGCACGGCCGGCAGCAAGGGUUGCCUGUUGGCGGUGGCAUACACACUUAACGAUAAAGUAAACAACGCCGGUCAGGAAGGGUCAAAAUAAACGUUUAAUUUAUCGCUAAGUGUGUACCCACCUUAUGUGUGAGUGUCUCAAAGUGCCUUCUACAUUGGAUUAAUUCUUGAGCCUUAAACACGAAGUGAUACAUUGUGCUUUCUUUUGUAGUGCCUUCUAGUACAGAGUUAGGUCUGUGUGCUGCAGGUGAGUUGCAGGCAACUGUGCCAGACAGUGGUAUUGCCUUUGGGAAACAAAUAUUCAGAGCUUUACAUAUAUAACCUUAAAUGACACAAGUGUAGCUGUUUGUAGCAAGGUUAUUACAUAAAUAUAUGUAAGUCUACUUGCCACCAUAAGACUUGGAUGCCAGUUUUUAAAAUGCUAUUACUUUAAUCUGCAUGUACGUGUGAUGCAGCUGUCUGACCACAGAUACUCAAGAAAUAAGGCCACCCCGUUAUAUUGGAUGGGAGUAUGAGGGCUGCUCAGCGAUGAUUGAUGCUUUUCCAGUAUACCAAAUAUGCACUAUCCUCUAUUGUUGAUACCUGUAGGUCUAAGACAUUUGGAAUUGUAGUUAAACAUUUACAAAGAAGCAACUUGUAUCAUUUCUAUAGCAUCCAUCCCUUCUGUUUCUUUAGAAUGACCGACUCCGUCAUUUGUCUGGUAUAGGAAACAUACAUUUUGGAAAUUUUGAGAAAAUGUUAUGUUUUACUUGACUGGUGCAUACUGCCAUAGGGUGAUGGUUUAGGUUAAUGCUAAUCAACUACACAUUAAAUGCUUAGCAGGGCAGUAACUAUGGGUGUGCGGGCAGUGCUGUCUGACAGAACACAGGGCUUGGAGGGGCAUCAUUGCUGCCCCAUGUCCCUUGCUUCUGGAACAGCACGCAGCAGUCAGUAUGGCUGAUGCAACACAACCCAGAAUGUCCUUUGGGCACUCCAAACAGGCACCCUGCAGUCUGUACAGCUGUCCUCAGAACAUUGCUGGCGGCCCCACCUCCUCUGCGCAACGAUGUUAUGCGCUUAGGAAGCGGGAGUGGCACAUGGUGCUCUGGAGCCCUAUUACGCUGCUGCUUAGACGUAUCUGUACUAUCUGAGAAUUGCACAGCCUGAAACUGUCAUGCAUUCUAAAAAGAGUUCUUUGAAGUUGCAUGAUUAGAGUGUACCCAGUAGCUGCACACUAAGGAGGCAGCCAUUGCAUGGGCUGAACCAAUACUCGUGAGAAUAUGGCCUGUCAAAUUUACUAGAACUUGGUGACCUCAUCACUGAGGCAUAAGCCACAUUUUGCAUCAUGCUUUAGUGAUGUCGCUAGUUCCUAGUGAAUUGAUAGGUUGCUUUCUCAAUAGCUACUGACUGGUUUAGCCAACAAAAUGUCUGUAUGGACUACCACGCUUCAUUCUUACAAAGUUUUUAAAUUUUUAGUAUCUGUCAUGAAAAUUUUCUAUAGGUUCUGUAAACCAGGUCUUAACGUCUGCCAGACUAAGCAUUGACCUGUUGGGUGUUCUAUAGUUGGACAGCUGCAUCAGUCUGUUUUACCCGUUUGCAUACAUUUCACUUGUUCUUUUUGUUUUGUCUGUUACUGUCCUGUGGUGUUAAGGUGGUUUAGAAAAUGAUCUGAUGUCAGAGGCAAUUCCUGUGAAUACUACUCCCUCUAAAUGCUAAUUUUAUACACUAACUCUUUGCUUCAUUCCACUAAUGCAGUGAUGGGGAACCUUUUGGCUCUCCAGCUCUUGCUGAACUACACAUCCCAGCAUGCCCUGCUAGUUUUGCUAUUUGGUCAUGCUAAAACUGGGCAUGCUGGGAUGUGUAGUUCAACAACAGCUGGAGUGCCAAAGGUUCCUCAUCACUGCACUAAUGCAUAUAGGGGGUAAUUCAAACCUGACCGUAGAUGUGCACAUCUACGAUCAGCUUCCCUGACAUGUGGGGGGACGCCCAGCACAGGCUAGGCCGGCCCGCAUGUCAGGCCCCCUUCCACCCCCCCCUUCCCCGCAGAAGUACAAAAGCUGUGCGCUGGCUGGGAGAUACCCGUCGCUGCUCGGGUCGCAGCGGCUGCGUGUGAUGUCACGCAGCCGCCUGCGGCCUGCCCCCCCCCCAACAGUCCGGGCACGCCUGCGUUGCCCGGACCACGCCCCCUAAAUGGCGGCCAAACUCCGCCGGCCGGCCCCCUCCCGCCCAGCGUCCGCCUCUGUCUGUCAAUCAGCCAGAGGUAAUCACUAGACAGCUGUCCGCUGUUUGGCAUGCGUCGGCGCAUGCGCAGUUCAAACCCGAUCAGUGUCUUGCAUUCACUGUCGUGAUUUGCCCCAGAAUGUUGAUGGCAAUUACUGCUCAUAGGGCCUGAUCCGUAGAUGGUCACUAAAGGCACCUCCACUGUGUCUUUGAACCCAGCGACUGUGCUAAACUAUGCAGAAACUGUAGGUAGCAUCUAGUUUCAAAAGAUGCCCACUGCAAGCUGCUGUGAUCAUCUGCUGCAUCUGAAGAUGAAGCAUUGGAUUCACUGCAUGAACAUCGGGCGGCCAUUGUACGUCUGAGUAAUCCUCAGGGUGUUCGGGAAAAUCAUGCUACCGGGGCCAGUGGAUCUGUAUCCAAGGACGGAGUCGCUGGCUUUGGCAUGCCCAUAAAAUGGGGCCGGUAUUCCUAAUAGCAGACUGUAAACUCCAGUAUUUAUCCAAAACGUUUGAUAUAUUAGAUUGAGGGCAGUCUCUUAUAUAACUUCAAGGGGCCAAAUGUGAAUUUUGGGGGAACAGUGGGUAAUGCGCGUAAGGGGCUUUUAUGAAAACUACAUUUUAUAGUACUGUUUAUCAAAAUGGAAAAGGGGUGGUGUUACCCAAAGCUGUCAGAUUUUGGUUUUAUUACUAGACUCUAUUCUAAAAUGUAACUGUAGCAUUUAAGGUUGCUAUUAGAUUUAAAUAAUAUUACACUACAGUGUAGUUUCAUCGGUUCUUUCUUUCUGUAUUUCCAUGUUUGCCAAAUUCCACACUUUGUAUAUUUCCAUAAAACUUAUUUGUCCUUUUGUGUCUUCUACUGAAUAAUCACAACUUCCUGUAGAUCUUCUGUCCUCUUUGUUUUGUUUGUAAUAUGUAUAAUUACUGUACAGUUUAUAAGACCACUUGUGCAUUAAUGGACAUCCAUAAAGGAAAGAUGUACUAUUCAAUACACUCAGACAAUACUAAUUUUGCACUGCUGACCAAUCUGUGCCAGACUGACCAUGUAUUAAGGCAUACGUUAUUUGUGGUUUUUAUACUGUUUGUACACAAAAAUGGAAUAAAACACAAACUGGAUUGUAAAA